GGCGCGCCCUCAGCAACCGCCGGCCGGGAGCACCGCCCACGCCGUGCAUGUGUUUCUUUCGGACGUUCGUCGUUGGUGGUCGGUGUGCUGGCGAGGGCGGGAGCGCGGGCGGUGGCGGUAGGUCGGGCGGUGAUGUCAGAUCGAUGGGAGUCACCGCCUCAUCUGUGAGCCAGGCUCUCUUUCAUUGCACAGCCUGCCAACCCGGUCUAACCAUCUCCGCUUAUUCCCCCUACCCGCUACCUCUCAUGACUUUGCCUCUCUCCGCCUCUGCACCGUACUUCGAGUUACACGCGCGCGCUAGUUCGGGCGUGGCUCCCGUCCUUCCACUUGCAGCUAGCUCCUGCGGUCCUCUUCUCACACUCUCGUCUCUUUGCUCUGCCCCCUGCUCUGCUCACCACUUCAUAUUACCCUUCGCAAUAGUUCUCUUCCGGAGAUUCAGCCUCUCCGAGCCGCAGCUGUUGCACGGCUGCAACGCGGCCGCCUCGGGAUCGUCUCCGCCCUCCUUGCCGCAGCCUCAGUCAAUCCAGCUUACAACAUUCCUAUCUCCCGCUCCAACACCCCAACGCAACACGCAUAUCCCUUUCUGACAUGCGAACAGCUUGAAACGCGAACCGGAAUGUGACUGAUACCCUCGUGCGUCAAGCAAAUCCCAGCUCUUCGCGCCACGCAAACAAGCC